GUUUGUCUUGUUAACAGAGUUAAUGUCUUCGUGUAACGUCUUUUGGAUCGGACUUGCAGGAUUUUUGGCGAGACAACUGGACUUGGACGGGUUUCCCGUGUAUAUCUGACGAAAUUUGGAUUAUUGCAUCUCUCACGCGUUCUCAUAUCACAUACUAUAAUGCCACGAGGAAAGUUCGUGAAUCAUAAAGGCAGAAACCGGCACUUUACGAGCCCAGAAGAACUAGAGGAGCAACGACGCCAGGAGGAGAAGAAGCAGCAGUGGAGAAAAAAUAAAGGACAGGAAAGUUCCAGUGAAGAAGAAGACGAUGAAGAACCCAAAGCCAGUGGAGCCAAUAGGUCAAGGAAUCUUAGUGUAACAGAUAGUGAGAGUGAAUCAGAAUCAGAUUCAGAAACAGAGGGGGGUAAAGCUAAAGGCGUAGAAAAUCUAAUUCAGGUAGAAAAUCCAAACAGGGUACAAAAAAAGACAAAAAAGUUGUCUCAAUUGAGUCAAUCCCUCGAUGCAAAACCAGAACUAUCACGAAGAGAGAGAGAGCAACUUGAGAAACAGAGAGCGUAUGCAAAUUAUCAGAAAUUACACGCAGCCGGUAAAACAGAAGAAGCUCGAGCGGACCUUGCACGAUUAGCUAUAAUUAAACAGCAGAGAGAAGAGGCGGCGAAACGACGGGAGGAAGAGAAGAAACAAAAGGAACAGGCACAACAGAGGAAGACCGAACUGACGCAGAAGGCGUUGGGCAAAAAGUCCUAGAACAUACAAAGGGCUAAUUAAAGGGAGAAUUAAUCGUUGCAAUAUUAAUAUCCCGACAUCGGUUUUCAUACUGGUGGAAUACUAUUAAAGAUUGGCGGUCUUACCGAAGUUCGUUUUUUUAAAACGAUUAUCGAAGUGAUUUUGAGAUAGAAAGCGUUAGAUAUUUACACUUGAAAACAGAUCGUUAUAUAUAUAUAUAUAAUUAUCCUCAAAUUCUUUUAAUAAUCUCAAGGUUUUAAUCAAGACCGACAACUUUUUAAUAGUGCCUCGUCAAUGGCAUCAUCGACUUUCAACUAUUGAUGAAACACGAUUAACCGAUUCGUGCAUUUGAUAUAAGAUGAGUAUAUAAUGAGCGAACCAAUAGCGAACUUUUACUAUUGGCAAAAUAUCUAAUAACGUAACAAAGUUAUGUAAUGUCAUAAUGAGUGCGAACCAUGGACAUAGUAUGAAUUCCGAACGCCUUUUGUUCUAUCAACUAGUUGAGUGAAGCCAACAUCUAAAAAGAGAACGAGAAUAGAGGGGCAAAUUUUCUCCCUAUUUUGUAAUUUUUUUUUGUUGCGUGCACACAUCCGUUUCUCGUUUUCAUAAUAUUAUAAAGCGCAACGGCACCCCGAUUAGACUGGCAAGCACUUAUUUAAAUCUUAUUACAUACUUUGUGCAACAAGAGACAGAAAACAGAGAGGCUGUAUAUUUUGGCUUCAUUUUUCUGGCUGUAUGCGGAGUCGGUGUAUAUUAUGUCUAUGGUGCAAACAACGAUCGAUUCGUGUUCAAUUCGAUAUAUGUGCUAAACGGUGCACAGCUGACAUAAGAGAGCCUUAACGCAUGAAGUUAUACUUUUAUAAAACGCAUAAUGUAUUUCUUAUGAAAAACUCUAAGAUAGUAUAACUACAAGUAUUAAGGUUAUUAUGCUGAUCUGUGUAUCUCUUAGGAAGAACUCUAAAAUACUAUGAUUUCAUGUAUUAAGACUGCCAGUCUAUAUGCAUCCAAAUAAGUUUGAGUGAUAAAAAAAAAAACAAAUAUCUGAACAUUUGCAUCAUCACUUGACAUUUAUUCGUUGUUCGUUCGCUAAGUGCAUACUCGUCUAUAUGCGUUUUACGGCACGUUAAAUAAUCAUUGUUUAUAUAAAUACAAUUGCAAUUAUAAUUAUAAAUAUUAAAUCAAGCCUAGCAUGUCUAUCAUAUUUGUCAAUUGACCUGCUUAGAUUUAAAACUAUAAGCAAUAUACAGAAUAGUUCUAUUAUUAA